AUGGAUGUUUACCCAACGGCUCUACGGUUGGACGACGCAGAAGUGCGAGCCGUGGUGUUUCUCUUCCGCGAGGAGGUGGAGGUCCUAAGCACAGGUCCCAACCAUGUAUUCGCACAUGUGCUUCUGGACCUCCCCGGUCUUCUCUUCUUUACCACCUACACCCUGCUCGUACUCUUCUGGGCCGAAAUCUACCACCAGGCGCGCGGCCUGCCCACAGACAACCUGCGGCCGUACUUCAUGGCGGCCAACGUUGGCGUCUACGUGCUGCAGGCGGCCAUCUGGGGAGUCAUGUGGUUCGACCACAAGGACAUGCUCACAAUCGACCUCAUCGCCAAGCUCUUCUUUACCGCUGUCUCGCUAGCAGCAGCAGCAGGCUUUCUGCUGUAUGGCGGCAGGCUCUUCCUCAUGCUGCGGCAGUUCCCCAUUGAGUCAAGGGGUCGUAGAAAGAAGCUUCAUGAGGUUGGCUUCGUGACUCUCAUCUGCUUCUCCUGCUUCAUCGUUCGAGCAGCCGUGAUCGCUUAUUCAGCCAUUGUGAGCACGGCAUGGCUGGACGUGGUGGCAGACCCAUGGGUCAACGUCGCCUACUAUGCUGUAAGCCCCACCCCCUUCCCCUGCACCCACAUGCCCCUGCACCGCACCCACAUGCCCCUGCACCGCACCCACACGCCUGUUGUUUCACGAUCCUCCCCAAAUUGGCUGGACGUGGUGGCAGACCCAUGGGUCAACGUCGCCUACUAUGCCGUAAGAGCCACCCCCUUCCCCCGCACCCACAUGCCCCUGCACUGCACCCACACGCCUGUUGUUUCACAAUCCUCCCCAAAUUGGCUGGACGUGGUGGCAGACCCAUGGGUCAAUGUCGCCUACUAUGCUCAACCCCACAUCGUAGCAGCAGCAGCCCAUGUCAGCAGCGCUGGCAUGAUUCAAUUGAGCAGCCCGUGCUCCUUUUCCCCCCUCUCUCCUUAUCUGCUCUCCCUCUCUGCCUCUGCUCUCUUCCCUUCUCUGGCCUCUCUCUUCCUCUGCGUUCUCUUCCUCGUCUGCGUGCAUGCCUCCUCGUCUGUGUGCAUGCCUCCUCGUCUGUGUGCAUGCCUCCUCGUCUGUGUGCAUGCCUCCUCGUCUGUGUGCAUGCCUCCUCGUCUGCGUGCAUGCCUCCUCGUCUGCGUGCAUGCCUCCUCGUCUGCGUGCAUGCCUCCUCGUCUGUGUGCAUGCCUCCUCGUCUGUGUGCAUGCCUCCUCGUUCUCCCCCAGUGUGUGCACUUCAUCCCCUUCCCGUCUCCUUCCCUACUCACAAUUUCCCUCCCACCCCGUCCUCUCACCUUCCCCAGUGCGUGGAGCUCACCCCAGCAGCCCUGGUGCUCUACAUUCUGCGCAAGCUGCCUCGCUCCCACCUGACGUUAUGCCCCCAUCACCCCCCUCUUCUCCCUCUUCUCCCUGUUCCCCCUCCUUUCUCGCUCACCAGUGUGUGGAGCUCAUCCCAGCAGCGCUGCUGCUCUACAUUCCGUGCUGCCACCUGACGUCAUGA